AUUGGGGUGACGUAAUUUUCGUAGCUCAGCUCAGAGCAAUUGGCUAGCGUUGGCUAGCGCGCGUAGAAAUUCGCUGUCUUAACUGUUGUUUUUCUUUCUUCUACGACCAUCAACUAGCAGAAAUCAAUUUCAAUGGAAAGCGAAGCGUCUGACAUCGAUCCUGCACCAGGACCAGAAUCCGGCAGCAUGGACGGGGAGAAUGCACCGUUGUAUUGCAUCUGCAGGAAGCCACACAUCAAUUGCUUCAUGAUUGGCUGCGAUAACUGCAACGAAUGGUUCCAUGGCAACUGCAUCAACAUCACGGAGAAGAUGGCCAAGGCUAUCAGAGAGUGGUACUGCAUGGCGUGCAGAGAUGAAAACCCGUUCCUGGAAAUAAAGUACAGGAAAGAAAAGAAAAAUCGAGACAAGGAACCAGACUCUGAUAGAACCCAGUACAGCACUCCGAGUACUCCAGACUACAAGAGCGAAAGGCGCCGUGGAUCAAAAGUGAAGCGUUCCGUGCGCAUGUGCGGUGAAUGUGAGCCCUGCAGGAGGACCGAGGACUGUGCCCAGUGUGACUUCUGCAAAGACAUGAAGAAGUUUGGGGGGCCCAAUAAAAUAAGGCAGAAAUGCCGAUUUAGGCAGUGUGAAGUCCGAGCAAGGAAGAUGCUACGUGUAAAAGAAGAGGAGCUGUCUUUGCGAGAAAGAAGAGACAACUACCACCACAGACGGAGACGGUACUCUGAGGACUAUGACAGCGAGCUCGAUCUCUACCAGCAGUACAGAGCGGCGGGGAUUGACGACAACAUGGUAGCACAACAUUUCACCCCCAUGCUUGCUCAUUUGAAGGCAUUUUCUCUCUCACCUCUUCACCAGGGCUGGGCGACUGACGACGACGAGCCGCCUUUCAGUCCCGUCGUGCGGAAGAAAGCCGUGAAAGUGAAACACGUCAAGAGACGAGAGAAGAAGUUUGACAAGAAAAAAGAGUCCCGGCGCCACAAGCAGAAGCAGAAGCACAAGGACAGAAACCGACACAGCGAGAGGGGCGACGUGCGGGAUCACGGAGGGCGACAUCAGUGUCUCGGGCCGAACUGCGUCGACUCUGCAAGAGCCAACUCCAAAUACUGCUCAGAAGAAUGUGGCAUGAAGUUAGCUGCCAAUCGAAUCUAUGAGAUCCUCCCUCAGCGCAUCCAGCAAUGGCAGCAGAGUCCCUGCAUCGCAGAGGAGCACGGCAAGAAGCAGCUGGAGCGCAUUCGCAGGGAGCAGCAGAACGCUCGCUUGCGCCUCACCGAGAUGGAGCGCCGCUUCCACGAGCUGGAAGGCAUCAUCGCCAAGGCCAAGCAGCAGGCGGUGCAGCAAGAUGAGGAGGUGAACGAAGGGGAUGGUGAUGACACAGACCUUCAGAUUUUUUGCGUGUCCUGCAGCCAUCCUGUCAAUCCAAAAGUGGCACUAAGACAUAUGGAGAGAUGCUAUGCAAAGUAUGAGAGUCAGACCUCCUUUGGUUCCAUGUAUCCUACAAGAAUUGAAGGAGCGACCAGACUCUUUUGUGAUGUGUACAAUCCCCAAAGCAAAACGUACUGCAAGAGGCUUCAAGUUUUGUGUCCAGAACAUUCCAGAGACCCUAAGGUUCCUGUGGACGAGGUGUGCGGGUGUCCGUUGGUGAAGAACGUCUUUGAGUUGACAGGAGAAUACUGCAGGGUUUCCAAACGGAAAUGCAACAAACAUUACAACUGGGAAAAGCUCAGGAGGGCUGAGGUGGAUUUGGAGCGAGUCAGAGUGUGGUACAAGUUGGACGAGCUGUUUGAACAAGAGCGGAAUGUCAGGACUGCGAUGACCAACAGAGCUGGUCUACUUGCACUGAUGUUGCACCAGACCAUUCAACAUGAUCCCUUGACAACUGACCUGCGUUGUAAUAAGGAUAGAUAAUGGUAUCCAUCCCAGACAGUCACUGUACAUGUGAUUUAGUUUAACCUGAAGAAACGUGUUUCCAGGUGGACUUUAAUGGAAAAACGAUUUUCUAUUUGGAUAAUAAUUUUUAAAAUUCUUUUUAUCAUAGUUAACUUAAAGUGGUAAAGUGAGCAUAUAUUUUCCUGACUGUGGAGAGAGUCUAGUUCAGUUUUUGCUAUGAACACCUUCAACUUUUUCCAGUGAGGGCAGCAUACUGUACUAAAAAAAAAAAAAAAGCAAAAUAUGUGAGGGGCCCACUUUAUUUUUAUAUAUAUUUUUAAUUUUGUAAAAAGACUAAAAAAAAGUUGUAUAUUUACAUACAAAGCUUUUUCUUAUUAGUUAAUAGUAUCAACAUUUCAGCUUUUUCUCUUAACAUUGUGCUGAUUUGCUGUAUUUUUUUUCCCAUUUUGUUUUGAUUUAAAUGAUUUCGACAGUGUGCUGCGAGCCAAUAAAAAAUGAAUCACGGGCAGCAAAUGCACCCUGGCCUGCACUUUGGGCACCCCUGCCAUGAAUAAACUCCUUCAAAUGUC